GUAUGGACUUCGAGGCCUCCCCACCGGGUAGCACCAACGAUGAAGAAACAUCACUUCCCUGCGCCGGAGAUCUCUUUCAUCCUCCCUAAGGCGUCCACCGCCGCCUUCGUCCUCCUGCCGAUAUCGCUGAUCGCGGUCAUCUUCCUCGUCGUCCAGCCCGACGAGUCGUGGCUGCAGUCGCUGGUCCCGGGCGGUUGCGAGCCGCGGCGCUCCGACCUGGCUGACCCCGCCGCCGCGGCGCCGCUCGAGCCGGAGCUGCGCAUCUUCGUCGGGAUCCUUACCAAGCCGGAGACGUACGAGCGGCGGCACCUGCUCCGCAACGCGUACGCGCUGCAGCCGAGCGUGAGCAUCAACGCCCGCGUCGACGUCCGCUUCGUGCUGUGCAACCUGACCAAGGAGGAGCAGCGGGUGCUGGUGGCGCUGGAGAUCCUGCGCUACGACGACAUCGUGAUCCUCGACUGCGCCGAGAACCUGAACGACGGCAAGACCUUCACCUACUUCUCCAGCAUGCCGAAGCUGUUCAACGGCACCGGGGGAGGGAAGCCGCCCUACGACUACGUGCUGAAGGCGGACGACGACUCGUACAUAAGGGUGGACGCGCUGGCGCAGACGCUCAAGGAGAUGCCGAGGGACGACCUGUACAUGGGUUUCUACAUCCCCUGCAAGAACAUCUCGGAUCCGGACGGGUGGAUGACGGGGAUGGCGUACGCGCUGUCGUGGGAUCUGGUGGAGUGGAUCUUGGAGUCGGAGAUCCCCAGGAACAACAAGGUGCACCACCCGCUGGGGGAGGACGUGGUGCUCGCCUACUGGCUCAGGGACGGCAACCGGGGGAAGAACCGGGUGGACGUGAACCCCCGGAUGUACGACAUCUACUACGACAAUGGCCCCUGCUACAGUCGCCCCUUCAUCCCCGACACCAUCGUGGUGCACCGCCUCAAGGACAACCCCCGGUGGGCGGCGACGCUGGCUUACUUCAACGUCACACAGGGCCUCAAGCCCUCCAAGCUCUACCACAUCCAUUGACUGCAGCAGACAGCUGCAGUAGUCUCUUCUUCCUCCUUGGCCACCUACUUCUUACUAGCUCUCUGCAUGCCUGCUUCUUCUGAUCAUUCCUGUACUCUCUAUGUUUUCUGCUAUCAAACAGCGUCAUAUUGCCAUGCUGAAAAUA